CCCUACGCCUAUAUUUGCGAUUCGCGUACGUGUCGUAUUCGGAAAAGUGGAUCGUCGAUAUCGGCAUUGCUCGGUCAGUUGCGCACGGAGGCAAUAUCGAAAAUCGACGCUUUUAUUUUGCACUUGAUUUUCAAGCCAUUUUAGAUUUUGACGCUGGCGAGCUUGUAAGCGUAAACAAUAAACAUCGUAAUGUUUUUAAAGUUCGCGGUACUCGUUCGAGCGCGUUUGAGAAAAACGAUUAAAAAUGCGCGAGGCACUUAAUCAAUGUCAAAUACGCGCGAUCUCGCUUGCUACUAUAUAUACACAUAUAUUAUAAAGUUUACUUCCGAGAAGCCGAUAGCCCAUACGAACGACGGAUGACGUCGCGCCCCGCAAUGCCGCAGCUCGCUCGUGUACGCGCAAUAAAAUUUCAAAUCGGAAACGUCGCGCAUUUACUGCGACGUCGUAUAUACAUUACCUAAAUAUAUUAUAUUACGCCACGAUAAACUUGCGUGCCUUCCUUUAGAUCAUUUAUGCGUGCGCUUACAUAUCGAUAAAGAAAGUACAUUCGAUCCUUGAGUUAGCGAGCUUACGCGUAAGCGUCUGUUAUUCGUCAGAUUCGACUUUUAUUUAUGUAGCACAUAUCGAUGCGUGCCGCGACGAAACAAUCAAGUUCGAAGGGCUUUGUGUGGCGUUACGACUCUUCUACGAAUGUAAAUCAAAACUCAUGAGUCGUUCAACUGUAUACCUCGAGCUCUACGUUCAUUUUAUGCCAGCGACGACGAGUUCUUUCUUCGACUGGAUAUUGAAAAAAAAAAUUAAUAAUCUGUAACCCAUAUAGUACCAAAAAAGGCAUUAGAAUAUGGAGACCUAAAAGCUUCAAGCGGCACUAAAGCAUGGCUAGCACUGCGUGCCACCCGUAUCAAUUUCAACAUCAACAUCUGCCGCACGAGGUGGCCAACAACAAUCGUCUGCAUCAGUGCAAUUAUCUUUAUUUCAAAGUUGCCGAACCAGCCAUCCAAUCGCCGAGAAGAGAUUAUCUUCAAAAUAUGGACCAGCUACAGAGUGAAUUUCAACGGCUUGGCUGGUGGAGCAGAGCAUCACCGAUGCAGCCUCAUCAUUUACCUCAAGUUAAUAAUUUAUUCAAUGAUGUGAAUAUUAAAAAUAAGAACUCUGGUUUAUCUGAAAGUUUUUCCGAAUUAUUAAACGACCUAUCGAUAAAUUCAAAACCGCUAAAGAAACCCCCUGCAAGUUAUAUGUGUCACUCGUGUUUUAGGAAAGGUCAUUACAUCAGAGAUUGUCCGCAAAAAUUGUUGCAGGCUCAUCCCAAGGGAGAAGGUCGAACGCCUUACCAAGGCAAGAAACGUUGCUUCGGCGAGUACAAGUGUCCCAAGUGCAUGCGUAAGUGGAUGUCCGGAAACAGCUGGGCAAAUAUGGGCCAGGAGUGCAUGAAGUGCCGCAUCAACGUUUACCCCCACAAACAAAGACCUUUGGAAAAACCUGAUGGCUUGGAUGUAUCGGACCAGAGCAAAGUUCACCCUCAGAAUCUCUGUGAGAAAUGCAAAGAACUUGGAAGUUACUGCAGGCGAGAACAAGAUUCAAUAAUAUGAUUAUCUAAAGGAAUUUUCAUUCAAUGUUAAAAAUUAUCAGAGAUAUUUUUUUACCUAAUACCAUUGUAAGAGUCAAUGUGCCGUUAUACAUAGCAUUUAUAAAUGUACAGUGAAUUUUUUGUUCGUAGUAUGAAUGAUUAAGUGAUUAACUAUGAUGAUACAUACUAAAGAUUGAGAAAAUAUGUAUAUAAUAGUCACUAUGUAGAGUUGUUUGUACAUGUUUCAUAAAAUUAUCUACAUGUUCAAAGUAUGACGAUAUACUAAAAUGUAGUUAUGUAUAGUACAUUUUUGUAAGACUUAUAACAGAAUCCAGUUAUUUACAAGAAUAGAUCUGGUAAAGUAAAGUAAGCAUUUUAUUUUGACAUUUAAACAUGACAAUUUUAUCAUAGAAAACAGAAAUGAUUUCAAAACCAAUAAUAAUCAUUCUAAAUUUAUGAGAAUUUAAACAAUCAUCAUUUUACAUCUAUUAAGAUGGAAAAUUAUCUACUAUUACAAAGUUUUAUCUUUUUUAAACGCAUAAAUCAAUUAUCAACAUGUACUUAUUGUCUGAUUAAAAUACCUGAUAUUGGUGUUUUUUAAAUUAUUUUUCAUGAAUUUCUAGUGAGUUAGUUCUAAUAAAUCAUAUUAAUAUCAAAUUAAAUCAAUUAAAUCAAGCAUGUACAUUUGAGAUGAAUCAAUUCUGACUCAAACCAGAAUGAUUUAUAAAAUUUGGAAAUAUGUAAUUCAAAUGUAUAAAAAUUUCUGGCGAAAAAUCAAUAAAUCCUAAA